UUGGCUCCAGAGAUUCGUAGAUUCCGGCGAUCCAAAGAUGUGGAGCAUCAGAGUUUGUGUGGCCCUGCUACUGGUCCGGAGCGCGUCCGGACACGGAUGGGUCACGGAGCCUCCUGCACGGAACGCCGUGUCCGGGGAAAAGAACGGCUAUUGCCCCCACUGCGGUAAUGGCAAUGGAAUCUGCGGAGAUGGAGGGCAAUGGCCGUCCGGAAGUAACUAUGUGAACGCCGGUGGAACACCAGUCAGGACCUGGACGGCCGGGGCCAUCCAUGAGGUGGUGAUCAACAUCACUGCCCACCACAAGGGCCACUUUGAAUUCAGCAUUUGUGAUGAAGAGAUUACCUCCUCAUUGAGCAAUGCCCAAAGCUGUUUGGAUCAGCACAUCCUUCUUAGAGCCUCCUCGCAGGAGUUGGGUCUGAACGACUGCCAACCCAACGACCGGCGUGCGGGCUGCCAACCACUGGAUACUCGACACCCAGAGCGAUUCUAUUUGCCCCCCAGUGGCUUCUCGCCGGACAACAACAACGGCCAUGUGAUUAGCCUCAAGGUCCCCUCAGGCUUGCAAUGCUCGCGCUGCACACUGCAGUGGAGAUGGUGGUCGGCCAACAGCUGCACACCGGCCUCUGACUAUGGCUGCUAUGCGGAGGUCCUGGAUCAGAAUGGCUACAAUUCAGCGGAUUGGUUUCAGAACCUCCCCGCUUGUCCGGGUGGAGGAUGCACUCGCUGCGGCUGUGGGGAGGAGUUUCGGAACUGCGUGGACAUUGAGGUGGUCUCGGGUUCUGGCACCACUGCCCCCACCACGACCCCGGUGUCUACGACCGCGACCACCGCGACGACAUCCACCACAACCCCUGCGUCCACAACCAGCGGGACGGCCACCACAACCACAAUGGCGACAACAGGAACUACUCAAGCUCCGGGGACCUGCGUGUCUCAAGACACCUUGAUCUGCAUCAACAGCAAGUCCAACUACUGGCCAAAAUGUGCUGAGAUCCAGGACAAAAACGUUGUGGGUCCAACGGGGUAUGAGUUCGGCCACUACUGCACGCAGGAGUGGACCAAUGCGUUGAAUGAGAUGCUUUCACACCCGCAGAUCAACAAGUGCAACGACCGAGAUGCCAUUCACAAGUUGCUGGCUCAGGUCACCUAUGAGACAGCGUAUUUCUCCACGGUUUACCAACCUCGCGAUGGAGGCGCUGGCAUGAUCCACAUGAUUCCGAACAACUGGCCAUACAACGGUCGAGAUAUGGACACUCUCUUCGGCAGCGAGAACAACUAUGCCUCCUUGGUGGAUGCGAUGGGCAAGGACUUCUUCCAGUCUGCGGCCUACGGCUGGCGAUCGGUGGCGGCGUGGUACAAGCUCACGAACGGUGUGAUCCCAACCUGUGGGGAGGACUUGUUCGACCAGGACUUCGAUCGCCAGACCAAGUGCAUCUUGGGCUACGUGAAUGACCGCUCUGUGGCCUACAAUCACGUGGCCGAAUGCCUAGACAGCACUUCAAGCACCGUGCCUCCCACGACGACUGCACCGCCCACCACAGUCACUACCACAGCCGCACCCACCACCACUGCAGCAACCACGACGACCACCACCACCACCACGGCAGCUCCAGCCUGCAGGGCCAUCAGCAAUACCUUGGGCGCCACAGAUGAGCGAUGUGUGCUGGCUUGUGCCAAGCUGCAGCCGGGAGCGUGGCCCUGUGGUGGACAGCUGUGUGAUUGUUCGGAGACCACCACAGCCGCACCGACCACUACAACCACUACAACCACGACGACGACCACCACGACCAUGUCUCAGACUGGACCAAUGACAUGCGUCCCCACUGAGGGCCUGCCUCCCAAUGGCGCGACCAAUGAGAACUGCCAGCAGUGUGCGGAGGGCUACAAGUGGUGGCCGUGCAACACCAGUCCUGCCAUUUGCACUUGCACCGCGAUCGUUUGAGAGUCACCGAGUCGGCCAAUUCAGCCAGCCGACGUCGUCGGGCUGGCUACGUGCUGAGAGGUUUUGAGCUGCAUGCCUGGGAUUCUGUACAGGCUUUAGCUCUGGGGCAUCUGGAACAAGGCACAACUAGGCAGCUAAACUGGUGCU